UAAAGCUUUUCCUUUCUUUUUCCUUUUCUUUUUUGGUAAAUCAUUCAGUUGAUAGAUUUGGUGACUCUUAUGUUAUCUUUGAUUUCUGCUUGCAUGCGCUUAAGUGGGAAUAUCAUAGUACUCCUUCGAUAUUCUUUCUAACAUCUUGAUGGCUACGCUCCAGACAUGGAUGAAUGUUUAUCUUCACCCUGCACGAAAAGAUGUAGGAAUACCCUUGGAAGCUAUACCUGCCCUUGUCCUCUGCACAUGUAUGGGGAUGGCAAGAAAAAUGGAAGUGGCUGCAAAUCUAUAUCCAAGCUCCUCCACUGGGUUCUAGGUGCAGGGUUUGGUCUCUUACUUCUAGCUGCCCUUAGUUCUUUGCUUUAUUUGAUUCUCAAGAAGAGAAGACACAUUAAGCUCAAGGAGAAGUUCUUCAAAAAGAAUGGAGGUCUUCUGUUACAACAGCAAAUCUCUUCGCUGGAAGGUAGUGCUCCAGUGACAAGGCUGUUUACCAAAAAGGAGCUCGUAAAAGCAACUGACAACUACAAGGAGAGCCACAUCCUCGGCCAGGGUGGUGCAGGGACAGUCUAUAAAGGAAUUCUUCCGGACAAAAGCAUCGUGGCAAUCAAGAAAUCCAAGAUAUCUGAUGAUGGUGAAAUCGGGCAUUUUAUAAAUGAGGUCGUGGUUCUUUCCCAGAUCAACCAUAGAAAUGUGGUGAAGCUCUUGGGAUGCUGCCUUGAAACCAGAGUUCCAUUGCUUGUUUUUGAAUUCGUGCCCAAUGGAUCCCUCUCUCACCAUUUACACGGUGAAGGUCACAAAGCCUCAUUAUCUUUGGAGUGUCGUUUGAGGAUCGCAACAGAAGUAGCUGGAGCGUUGGCUUACCUACACUCUGCAGCCUCCAUACCUAUUAUUCACAGAGAUGUCAAACCGAGCAACAUACUCUUAGAUGAGAACUACACGGCUAAGGUAUCUGAUUUUGGAACUUCGAGGCUGGUUCCAUUCAAUCAGAAAGGACUUGAAUCUUUGAUCCGAGGGACCUUUGGAUACGUGGAUCCUGAAUACUUCCUCACCGGCAUGUUCACUGACAAAAGUGAUGUCUAUAGUUUUGGGGUGGUUCUGGUUGAGCUCCUAACAGGGGAGAAGCCAGUAGUAGCAACAAAAUCCAUGGAGUUCACCAAUCUCGCUAUGCAAUUCAGUUCUCAUGUGAAGGAAGGCCGUCUUUUCAAGAUUCUGGAGGAACGUGUGCUGCAAGAAGGAUCUCCUGAGCUGCUUAGAGCAGUUGCAGACCUUGCGAAUCGAUGCCUUAGGUUGAAGUGGGAAAAAAGACCAGCGAUGAAAGAAGUCGCCAUGGAGCUAGAGGGGCUGAGAACAUCUUACAAGCAUCCUUGGGUUGAAAAGAAUGAAGAAGAGGGAGACCAUUUGUUGAUGGCAGCUAAAUGCUCCACAAGUGGCACCUUUGGUGAGGGUGAUUCUUCAACAGACAUCAUGGUAUCAUUAGACAUCUCGUGAUAAUUUCACUAAAAAAAGAAAAAAAUCACACCUCGCGAUGAUUGCAUUGAGUCCAAAUGUUAUGGGCUGUUGCAUGUUCUAUAUCUUAUUUUGAAGAUAAGGGGACUGCAACAUGGUAGAACUAAGGUUCUGAAAACCGCAUUAUGGUCUCUUGAUCUCCUUGUUCUAUCGGUUUUAUGAGCAACUUCUUCACCCUUGUACAUUAAGAAACAAGCUUAUUACUUCCACCAUCCUGGUUGUCCCAAAUUUGUAACUCAAAUCUAUGCGUACAUAU